UCGACUAUAAAAAGACGGAAAGCAGUCAAGCGGCGCGUCAUCAAUAUGGCGGCGAAUCUCGAGGAAGCUGGAGGAGAAAAUUAAUGUUUACGCGAGUGCAAGGAAUACAUGCCGCGAGACAGGACACGAUAAGACGUCGAAAAGCGCCGCGUUAUCAACCACCGCCACGAAACGUCGUCGUCGUCGUCAUCAUUGUCUUCCCGUUGACUUCCUCGAUUAGAUCAGAAUACUGGAAUUUGACUGAAUAUAAUGCCGUUACCAACCGACAUGGAAGCGAAAUUGCUGCGCCAGAUAGUUCUUGCAGGUAUGGCGGAUCUAAAAGAGGAUCAGGAUAAGGCCAAGUGGAAAUAUGCUUUAGAGGUUAGAACACCAUCAGAAAUGGAGGAACCUGUGUUCAUGCAUUCUUCGUGCGUUCUACGGAAAAUCAGUCCGGAUUAGGUGGUUUAUAAAGAGGUGUACGAAACGAAUAAGAUGUAUGCGAGGUGUCACGACAAUAGAACCCGAAUGAUUGCCGAAAUUCGCUUCCACGCUAUGCCAUCUUAGUGAACCAUUGGUUGAUCCACCGCCAAGAUAUAAUCAAGGAACCGGGAAGAUCAUUUGCCGCGUGUCUGGUACAUUUGGAAAGGCCGGAUGGGGACUACCAUCGAUGGAUAUAGAGCAUCUGUGGACGGUGUAAAGUGGUUCGCGUAUUUCUUUUUGGAGGGUCAAGUGUACCCUAAGCUGAAACGAUUUGUUCCGUCGUUGCUGACGACACCUGGGAGCAUCACCAAGUCAUGGGCCAGGUUUAUACCACACACUCAAGCAAUAGUACAAACGUUGCAGUCGCAGGGAGUCGUGUCCAAAUACAAACUGCUAGAAAUCUGGGGUUUGGAUGAAAAAUUGUUGUCAGCUUACAAGAAGUGGCUGCCGGAAUCCGCGCACGCAGAAGUGGCACAGAUAUGACGGCACACAAUGGCCGCCUUUGUAAUUAAGAAUAAAACAUUAGGAUUGUAAUUAUACAGUUUUUUAGAUAAUUAAAUUAUUUUAUAUAUGAAAAAAAAAUCGAAAUGCAUCAGUUUUAGCCUUCCAGCAAAGGAUCGAUUGUGUAUCUUGAAAUAAUGAGGUAAAAAUUACAAAAGUGAGAAAAUUCAUUAGCGUAUCUACGCUUUUAUUUAUCAGAAUCUAAUAAAAUCUGUUAACUUUUGUCAUUUUCACCUCAUUUUAAGAUACACAACCGACCUCCAGACGUACGCGGCGGCGGUUUAUUUUAUCGACUUUAAAAGUUGGCGGGAAGUCGACUUUCCGUCAUGACGGGAAGUCGACUUGAAGUCGACUUCUACCGAAACUGACUUGGCAGAAAGUCGACUUUUUUAAGGACGAAAGUUGACUUGAAGUCGGCGAAUGUCUCAAAAAACGCCGACUAAAAGUCGACUUUCCGUCAUGACAAGAAGUCGACUUCCCGUCAUGACGAAAAGUCGACUUCCCGUCAUGACGGAAAGUCGACUUUUAGUCGGCGUUUUUUGAGACAUUCGCCGACUUCAAGUCGACUUCAAGUCGACUUUCGUCUUUAAAAAAGUCGACUUUCUGCCAAGUCAGUAUCGGUAGAAGCCGACUUCAAGUCGACUUAAAGUCGACUUUUUGCUCUUAGGGAACUUCGUCGUAAAAGAGCGUUUACACGGUAUUUAACGUUAGUAUAUUUAUAUUAUAGUUAUAAUAUCGAUGUUAUAUAACUUCGGCGUAAAUCGGGCCGUGUAAACGUAGUAAUUGUUGAGUGUGCAAACCAUUUCAUGGGUUUUGGCUUGACAAGCAGCGAGGGAACCUCGUAAACUCGAAAAUUCUGAUUUUAAUGAAACUUUUCACACAUGUAGGGAGGGUUUAUUGCUGCCCAAAAACGGUUCUAAGGGGUGAAACUACCCCUUAUAUGUAUAUAUAAAGGCGGGCUUUUACUUUUCUUGAUAUCUCGAAAUAAAAAUUGUGCAACUAGAAACUUGCAAAUUAUAAAUUUUGAACAUUAUACUUCCUCACAAUUUUCAAGUAUGCAAAUUAUAAAUUUGCACGUUGCUUGAUCAACAUUUUAUUUUGCUCGACUCAUAAAGCUUUCUCUUAUGAGGAAGCCUGU